UCAUCCUGCACGCUGGGAUCGCUUUAAAUGGCUGAUGGAGUAAGAGGGGAGGGAUAACGGAGCUGUGUAGGACUCCGAGCGCGCGCCUCAUCAUCACCACCACCACCACCACCAUCAUCAUCAUCAUCAUUAUCCUCCUCAUCAUCAUCAUCAUCUCCAGCCUCCGCUCAGUGGACAUCACGGCCAGCAGCUCGGCUCCUGUCUGAGCUUCAGCGCGCAAAACACUUCGUCAUUUCUCCUCUCAGCAGCCUCGAUCACAGCAUUCCCUUCUACACCAUGUGGAUUUAUAAGCUCCUGCUUUGCCUUUCUGUCCUGCUUUACUCGGAAAGCAAGAGGCAUGCGCUUCAGGACUACCAGAAGACUGACGGGGUUCGUCUGGUCGCUCCACCUGACUCCUCCUACAUGAUGAAAAGCAAGAAGAUGAGCUUGGGGAAGUGUGUGCGUCGCUGCAGCCGCAACAGAAAACUCCCCUUCACCUGCAGAGCUUUCAUCUUUGAUCAGAAUGGCACAAAGUGUCAUUUACUCUCCUUCGACAGCCUCACAGUGGGCGUCCAUGCUGAGACUGACUUCAGCUUUGACCUUUACGAAAAAAAAGACUUUGUAAGGGAGUGCAUCAUCGGCACAGGUCUAAAUUACAAAGGGAGGAGAUCAGUGACCGAGAGUGGUGUUGAGUGCCAGAACUGGGAUAUGAACACGCCACAUGAACAUCACUUCUUACCCCGGCGACAUAAGCAGAAGGACCUUCGGGGAAACUUGUGCCGGAACCCAGACAAUAGCACUACAGGACCGUGGUGCUUUACCAAGAACCCCAGCAUACGUUAUCAAAACUGCAACAUUCCCCAGUGCUCACAAGUGGAAUGUAUGAUGUGUAAUGGAGAAAGCUACCGCGGGCCCAUGGACCACACGGAGAGUGGCAGAGAGUGCCAGCGCUGGGACUUAGAUGAACCUCACAAACAUCUCUUCCAUCCCAAAAGGUACCCAGAUAAAGGACUUAAGGAUAACUACUGCAGGAACCCAGACGGACGCCAGAGGCCCUGGUGCUUCACCACCGAUCCUGACACUCCGUGGGAGUACUGUGAUGUCAAACAGUGUGAAUCUGACAGCCACAGUGAUGUUGAAACGACUACGACGUGUUUCCGGGGGAAUGGGGAAGGAUAUCGUGGGACGGUGUCAGCCCCCAAGGAUGGUUUGACUUGUCAAAGAUGGGAUGCCCAGUUUCCUCAUUCGCACUCCUUCACACCGCAGAAAUACCGCUGCAAGGACCUGAGGGAGAACUACUGCAGGAAUCCUGAUGGCCGUGAUGCCCCAUGGUGCUUCACUACUGACCCUAAUGUGCCUUGGGUCUUCUGCACGAGCAUCCCAGGCUGUGAAGCAAUAACAGCUGAACCUGACGAGUGUUAUACAGGAAUUGGUGAGAUGUACAGAGGGAGGCAGAUGAAGACUCGUUCAGGCUUCCCCUGUGCACCAUGGCAGGACCAUACUGAGAGGAAAGCACGAGACAUGGUGACCCAGAGUGAUGAACUGGAAGGCAGUUUCUGCAGGAAUCCAGACAAGGACAAGCACGGGCCAUGGUGCUACACCAAUAGCUCCCUCGUCCCCUGGGAUUACUGCACAGUCAAGCACUGUGAGCAAUUACAGAACAGUCUACCACGAAAAGCUGAAGCCUCGGGCGUCUCCUGUUUUGUCCAUAAGCAAGUGAGGAUAGUGGGCGGCGGCCCCGUACCGAUUAAAGAGGGCAGUUGGAUGGUCAGCAUUCAGAAAGGGGCUGCUCACUCAUGCGGAGGCUCGCUGGUCCGUGAGGAGUGGGUGCUGACGGACAGAGAGUGCUUCUCCUCAUGUGUUCCUGAUCUGUCUGAGUACAGAGUGUGGCUUGGUUCUGCGCAUCUGAAUGAGUCUGGAGAGAACACUUGGACCAGGCAGGAAAGGAGGAUUGCUCACGUCGUCUGUGGCCCAGAAGGCUCUGGACUCGCCCUGCUACAACUGGCACAGCCUGCUCUCAUCACUGAGCAUGUGCGGUUCAUUCAGCUGCCUGUAGCUGGCUGUAGCAUUGCAGAGGGCACCAUGUGUUCAACGUACGGCUGGGGGGAAACUAAAGGCACAGGACAUGAAGGCACACUAAAGAGUGUUCAGCUGCCCAUUGUUAGCAAUGAACGCUGCCAGCAGUUACACAGAGGAACGCUACAGAUCACUGAUGCUAAAGUGUGCGCUGGCGGGAAGAGAGAUGAAGGAGUGUGUGAGAAAGAUUAUGGUGGCCCACUGGUGUGUCAGGAAAAGGACAGUAAGGUCAUAGUGGGAGUGAGUAUCCAUGGCAGAGGAUGUGCCCGACACAACCGGCCAGGUAUCUUCGUCAGCGUGGCCCAGUAUACAGGCUGGAUCCACAAGGUGUUCAAAACGUACCCAUAUUCAGACUAUAAUUAUUAAAGCUGAGCUUCAAUAAGAGAGGACCUGGAACUGAGCAGUCCUGAGGAUCCUAAACAUUGGAGACAAAAUCAAGGUGACCCACAUUAGUGACUUCACAACUUGCACGUACAUUCAAAGUUGACGAAAACUGUGUCCAAAAAUGUGAAAACUGGGACAACAUCUGAAAAUAGAACCUGACGAUGUUCUGAUUUCAUGAAGAAGUGAGGGUGAUAUGGCUGGAUUUCAUUCAAUUCCAUGUGUAUUAUUGUAAAAGUUGAAAGAAAAGGUACGAAGGCCAGCUACCUAAACCCUGAUCAAGGACAUGCUUUGUAACUCUUUAUAUGAAUUGUGGAAAUUGUUAUAAAUUUGAAAGCGCAAGACCAUGUUUGGGGAAAAAAAGUUCCCAAAAUCUGUGGAUGAUUUGUGAAUGUUGUGUACACUAGAACUGUAGAAAGAAGAGCAGAGAAACUGUCUCUCUGAGAAUUUAUUUAGAUUAUAAGGAAAGAUAAGGAUCUGCAUCUAGUGACUGUAGCGACUGUAGAAACUUCGGCCCACACUAUUAAGAAAAUAUUCUUUCUUUUUUUGUCAAACAAAUAUAUGGACAGAUUUGUCAAUUUACACAAUUAUAUUGUACAUCAUGGCUCCAAACAUACCCUGCAGUAUUAUACGUUACAGAAAGGUGUGUACAGUAUAUGUGUAAAAUAUGUGUAUAGUAGUAUUAAUAGCUUUAAAGGCUUUUUUUAUUAUUUUUUUUUACUUUUAUGCUCCUGAUAAUACUUGAAUACACACAUCCAACUAAACACUGUCAGCUCCAAUAGCACUUCCUCAUGUCAUGUAUUGAAGGUUCAGUUUGCGUUAUGCAGGUGUGUACGUCAUGCUCAGUGAACUCUGUAGCUGUUAUAACAUGUUAAUAUAUCCCCAACAUAUGCUGUGUUUGAAUUAUUAUCAGAAGCCAUAGAAGGGUUAUGUGUUGUAAAUACUGUAGUCAUCACUCCCGAUGCUUGGGUAGGUCUCAUAGACCUUUUAUGGUGGUUGUAAAAUAUUAUGGGUUUUUUUGUGUGUGUGUGUUUUUUUUUUUUUUUUUCUUGGCAUAAUCUUGAUCACUAGACAUUAUUGCCAAUAAAAAUGUUGAAAGCAAGCUGGGAUCAAAAAGAGAGUAGAUGCUAAAUUUAGUUCUGUUUUGUAGUUAUUAUCAGUUGACCUCCUCAAGACUGUGCUGGACCAUGUGUGUGUGUGUGUGUGUGUGUGUGUGUUUGUGUGUGGCAUAAAUCAGUGUUGUUUGUCAGCCAUGCUGCUGGCAGGAUGCAGCUCUGCAGGACAGAGAGUUUGUGUGUGUGCAUGUUUUAUAUCUUGGUCACAAGGAUAGGAAUAUUUGACACUUUUGACCCAGUGGAAACACUAGGCAGGUCUCCACAAGGAUAGAAAUAUCUGACAGUUUUGUCCUUGUGGAGACAUUUGGCUGGUCCCCACAAGGCAAACGGUUUAUUUUAUUUUUCAAAAACUGCAGCUUCAACAGUCUAAAUGUUUCAUUUUGGUUACUGAAGUUAGGGUUAGGGUAAGAUCUAGGUGUAGGAAUAGCAUUAAGUAGCUGCAUUAAUAAUUAUGUCAGUGGGAGGUCCUCACAAGUAUAAUAUGACAAAUGUGUGUAUGUGUGUGUCUCCAUGAACAAAGAAGCCAACAUUAAGCUUCUUCAAUCUAGUGGACAAACAUGCCUAGUUAGGCUAGGCAAGAUAUUCAUUUUUUCUGUUUACAUAUUCCGGAUUAGUUGUAUGACAAAACCCAUCCAUCAAAGUCGAUUCUUGUGUGUGGCCGUGGUUUGCUCUGAAUGCAAGUUUUUCAUUCCUGACCUCUCACUCUGGACUGCAUCCAACAACAAUCAGCUUGGAAUAUUACCCCCCAAACCAUGUCAGCUUAAGCAAAUACCACGCUGAAAGAUGGCUCCUAAGUGCUUGCUUUCCAAGCACUCCUGAUGCUCAUUAAUGUUGGUUUAUAUGAAAGAUGACUUUAAUUUGUAUGAGUCCAAAGGCAGAGAUCUUUAUAUUAAGCAAUACUAGGAAUUUUUAGCAUGUGCUGAAACACAGUCAAGACAAACCAUGUAAACAUCUUACUCUGUGAUAAAUUUAUGAUUAUAUGAUUUAUCUCUCUCCAUAUUUAGACCAUAAGACUUGCUGAUUGAUUCCAUAUCAAACUAUUGAGUUUUUCCAUGCAAAUUUGGUAUGUAAUGUAGAAUUAUUUACACUGAGGUGACCUAUACAAGUCAACCAGCUCUGCAGUUUUUAUUAGGAAUUUUAUGUUGUUUAUUUUAUUUUUAUUUUAUUUUAUUUUUUGGUGUACGUGUCACCUUUAUGAAUGUACAGUGCUGCUAUUUACAAUAGAAGGUUGUAAAUGUCAUCUGUGUACAUACACUCCUAGUAUGGAGACAUGCAUAUUCAAUGUAUUAUUCACCUGUAUUGUAUGGUUCAUGCUGAAUUACCUUGACAGCUGUAUUUAUCCGCUUACGUUGUGUGUUCAUUAGGACUCCUUUAUGUGCCUUUACCAUGUUUACCAUGUCCGAAAUUAAAAAUAAAAUAUGAUUAAACAAAAUAA